GCUCCAGGGGUUGAUGGGAGAUGUAGUUCACUGACAUUUUACCGAGCACAGGUUUUGUGGGCGUCUGAAGGGGGUUAGUUAGCUAACACUAAACUGAGCGGUUGUGUCCGGUGUGCGGAGCUGGUGUCCGGUGUGCGGCUGGUCUGGAGAUGUGUGUGUUGGUGAGGCGUUAGGAAGCUGUUGUUGUUUUCCAGCUGUAGCGGAUCGGGGUUAUGAGCGGACUGUAAAGAGGACAGUGCGUCACGACCAGCGACAAGAUGGACACUGGAGAAGAGGCUGACAUAUGUAGAGUGUGUCGGUCUGAGGGAACUCUAGACAAACCCCUCUACCACCCCUGUGUCUGCACUGGAAGUAUUAAAUUCAUUCAUCAAGAAUGCUUGGUGCAGUGGCUGAAACACAGCAGAAAAGAGUACUGCGAAUUAUGCAAGCACAGAUUUGCUUUCACGCCAAUCUAUUCCCCAGACAUGCCUUCACGGCUCCCCGUACAGGACAUUUUUGCAGGCCUGGUGACCAGUAUAGGCACAGCCAUACGAUACUGGUUUCACUAUACGCUGGUUGCCUUCGCGUGGCUGGGUGUUGUACCUUUAACAGCAUGUCGCAUCUAUAAGUGUCUGUUUACUGGUUCCGUAAGCUCCCUCCUGACGCUGCCAUUAGAUAUGCUCUCCACGGAGAAUCUGCUGGCGGAUUGUCUGCAGGGCUGCUUUGUGGUGACCUGCACACUCUGCGCCUUCAUAAGCUUGGUGUGGUUACGGGAGCAGAUUGUCCACGGCGGAGCUCCACUCUGGCUGGAGCAGAACCAGCAGCAGCCUGCCAAUGCAGCAGCACAGGCCAAUGAGGCUGCAGGUGCAGGGAAUGGAGGUGCAGACAACCAGCCUGUCCCAGCCCCGGCUGAGCCCCCAGCGGAGAAUGCAGUGCCAGCAGAGGUCCCUGAGGUUCCCCCUGACCCAGCGGAAGAUCUGGAGCUGGACAAUGACGACGAGGAAGAAGCUGGGGGUGAAGAUGCAGCUGAUGCCAACAAUGGUGCACAAGAUGAUAUGAACUGGAAUGCUCUGGAAUGGGACCGUGCAGCUGAGGAGUUAACAUGGGAAAGAAUGCUUGGCCUGGAUGGCUCUCUGGUUUUUCUGGAACACGUCUUCUGGGUGGUCUCUCUCAACACACUCUUCAUUCUGGUGUUUGCUUUUUGUCCAUACCAUAUUGGACACUUCUCAGUGGUGGGCCUUGGCUUUGAAGAUUAUGUUCGUGCCUCUCAUUUUGAAGGUCUCAUCACCACCAUUGUAGGAUACGUCUUGUUGGCCAUCGCUCUCAUUGUGUGCCAUGGGUUAGCAGCAUUGGUGAGGUUCCAAAGAUCACGACGAUUGUUAGGAGUCUGCUACAUUGUGGUCAAGGUGUCCUUGUUGGUGGUGGUAGAGAUUGGUGUGUUUCCUCUUAUCUGUGGCUGGUGGCUGGAUAUCUGCUCUCUGGAAAUGUUUGAUGCAUCCCUAAAAGACCGAGAGCUAAGUUUUGAAUCAGCUCCAGGCACCACCAUGUUUCUACACUGGCUUGUAGGCAUGGUCUAUGUCUUCUACUUCGCCUCCUUCAUUCUCCUACUCAGAGAGGUGCUCAGGCCUGGAGUCUUAUGGUUUCUCCGAAACCUUAAUGAUCCAGAUUUUAACCCGGUCCAAGAAAUGAUCCACCUGCCAAUAUACAGACAUCUGAGACGAUUUAUAUUAUCAGUGGUGGUGUUUGGUUCAAUUGUUUUGCUGAUGCUUUGGCUGCCUAUUCGUAUAAUCAAACACAUCUUGCCAGCCUUCCUUCCCUACAAUGUGAUGCUCUACAGUGAUGCUCCAGUAAGUGAGCUGUCCCUCGAGCUGCUAUUGCUGCAGGUGGUUUUGCCGGCUCUACUGGAGCAGGGACACACACGACAGUGGCUGAAGGGCCUGGUGAGAGCUUGGACGGUUACUGCGGGAUAUUUACUAGAUCUGCACUCAUACCUGCUGGGAGACCAAGAGGAGAAUGAGAACAAUGCUAACCAGGCGGCCAACAACAACCAGCAGCCCCGUAACAACGCCAACGCCAUCCCAGUGGUGGGCGAGGGCCUGCACGCUGCUCACCAGGCCAUCCUCCAACAAGGAGGACCUGUGGGCUUCCAGCCCUACCACCGCCCGAUGAAGUUCCCUCUCAGGAUUGUGUUGCUGAUACUUUUUAUGUGUGUGACCCUGCUUUUGGCCAGUUUGUUGUGUCUUACUUUGCCAGUGUUUGCUGGCCGAUGGCUUAUGUCAUUCUGGACAGGCAGUGCAAAAAUCCAUGAGCUGUACACAGCAGCAUGUGGCCUGUAUGUGUGCUGGUUGUCCAUCAGGGCCAUCACUGUGUUGCUGGCCUGGAUGCCCCAGGGCCGAAGGGUCAUCCUACUGAAAGUCCAGGAGUGGACGCUUAUGAUAAUGAAGACACUGAUUGUGGCAGUGCUGUUGGCUGGGGUCAUUCCUCUGCUUCUGGGGCUGCUGUUUGAGCUGGUCAUUGUAGCUCCUCUUCGAGUGCCACUGGACCAGACGCCUCUGUUCUACCCGUGGCAGGACUGGGCGUUAGGAGUGUUACAUGCCAAAAUCAUCGCCGCCAUUACCCUAAUGGGCCCUCAGUGGUGGCUGAAAACUGUCAUCGAGCAGGUGUAUGCCAAUGGAAUCCGCAACAUUGACCUCCAUUUCAUCAUCCGAAAGCUGGCGGCCCCAGUCAUCGCCGUGCUGCUGCUGUCUCUCUGUGUGCCCUAUGUUAUUGCUGUAGGCAUCGUCCCAAUCGUAGGAGUCACAAUGGAGAUGCAGAACCUGGUUCAGAGGAGAAUCUACCCCUUCCUGCUGAUGGUCGUGGUUCUGAUGGGAAUACUCUCUUUCCAAAUCCGACAAUUCAAGCGCCUUUAUGAGCACAUCAAGAACGACAAGUAUCUGGUCGGACAGAGACUUGUGAACUAUGAACGGAAAGCUGGUAAAACCAGCACAACCACACACAGCAGCUCAGCGCAGGAGUAAAGAUGGGAAACAUGUUUGUGUGUGUGUGUGUGUAUGUGGGAGAAAGUGAGAGUAAGCGGGUGUGUGAAUGCAACCAUCCCCUCUUUCCCCUUAAUCCCAUUCCCUCUGCCCUCUCCUGGUGUGCAUGUUUGUGUGUAUGAAUGUGUGUGUGUGUGUAUGAAUGUGUGGAUGGGUGGGUGUCCAUCAUUUCUCAUGUCCUUCAACACUCAAGAACUCUCAAUGACUCCUGGCCGUGACUCGAGAACAAUAAAACGUUCAAUAAUCUACAAAAAAAAGAGAGAGAGAGGGAGAGAGACAAAGAGACAAUUUUUUCAAGCCAACCAACUUGGAUUUAAAAAGUACACUGUACAUCUCUGGGAAAAAAAAGAAAAAUGUGUGUAUAUUAAUUUAUUAAAUUAGUUGUCACUUUAUUUUGUGAAAUCCUGUUGCUUGGUCAGAAACGAUGCCAGUGCUGGCUCUCUCCUCUCUUAUGGGGAGAUGCCUGUAGGAGUUUGGGGGUCCAGAGAGUUCUCUCAAACACGAGCGUCUCGGGACUCGGCUGGAAUAGUAAUAGACUAUUAUUUAUUCAUUUUGAUUUCUGUGGGGUAUGUUAUCGACGUUCUUAGGACUCAAGACUUGAGUGGAAGCUGUCUGAAACCACAGUCAACAGUCAAUAACUGCCCUAAUCUUAACCAGUGUAGCAGAAGUGGCUGGAAGUGGAUUUGAGGUGCGCACCUCUGUAGAAACAAACCAGUCCGGCUCACUUCUGAGCUGUGGCAUUUUUUUACGUGGGAAAUGGAGGGGGUUGGGGAUUGAUUGUUCAUUCUUGGUUUUGUGAAUUCUCCUGAAGCAUGUAGUAUACGAGCACCAAGGCGGCAGCAUUAAGCAGCUUGAGCUAAAGUUGGAUGGUAGUGUUUAUGGCUCACAGUGAGCUACCAAGCUUACUCCUGCCCCUAGCUUUUUGUUCGGCUCCGAGAACGCGUUUGUCCUUUUCCAAUAAAUCAAAGAGACUGUCCCUAGAGUGCUUGUUGCUUCAGUGGCUAGGCUAGCAUAAUUAGCUUGCUGUCUAAGUUGUAAGAUGUUGACUGUUCUGUGUGUCUGUCUUGUACUCAGCAUGGCCCAAGAAAACUCAUUUUUCACUUCAUCACCUUACUGACAUUACUGUUGCACAUACAUGGGGAUGUGCUUAAAAAAAUAAAAAGCAUUCUGAAUGGUCUUAAAACAGCAAUAGUUUGGGGAAACAUCCCUUUAGACCAAAUUUAUUUUGGAUGCAGUGUUAAUGUAACUUCACCUUAAGUUUUUUGUCUCAAGGCGAGUGAAUGAUUUAGAAUACGAAUUUUACGGAAGUAAAUAAUCUUUUUUUUGUGUGCGAGUGAGUGAGUGUGUGUCUACAGUCCAGGAGGAAAUCCUCAGAGUUUGUACAUAUGAUGUAAACUUUACAGUACUUUACCGUACUCCAUGUUUUUGUAGCAAUUUUUUCUUUUUUUUUCUCCAUUUCAAAUAGUCCGGGUCUCCCUCACAACUUCCAGAUUUCCCCCUUGGACUGACUGAACGCUUUAGAGAUAGUCCUUCAGUGCUGAGAAUCUCUUAAGUGACCUUGCAGUAUCUCACGACACCAACCCUGGAUACUGUAUGCUUCUUAAUAUUGUUUGGGCUCCUUAAAAAAAGGCAAAUGUUUCUAUUUUUAUAUGUGCAUCUAGUGACAGCAUUUUUUUUCUUUUCUGCGAUCCUGUGUGGUCUGCCGUCAGUCUCAUGUCCUGUUUGUCGCUUCCUGAGCUUCUCUGGGAGGUUCCUUUUCAAAGCGAGCCGACAGUGCGCAGGCGGCAUGCUGGGUAACAGCACUAAACACUCACACGUCUGGUUAACUCUGCCUUGUCCUUUCCACAGCAUGUUCGUAUGAGAAGUUAUUCAGUAUUCUGAAUGUUUUAAAAACCUCCAGCUUGGAGGCAGUGGCUGUAAUUACAUCCUUAUACUGGCAGACAAGUACAUUUUUUUUUUGUUUGUUUGUUGGAGAAUUUUAUUACAAAUAUUAAAUCACAAGUGUGGUAA